GAUCUUCCUACCUCAUCCUCCCAGAGUGCUGGGAUUACAGAUGUGCAUCCACCGCACCAGCCCAGGGCCUUCACCUUAAAGGAUAUGGGAACCCAGAUGGUGUUCUGAUGGGAGGAAGGUGCGACUUGACUCAGGUGUGCACUGGACCCCUCCGCCUGCACGUGGGGACCAGGCUUGGGGCUGGGAGCAGGGAGAACAACCCGAGGCCACUGCGCUGGUCCAGACUGAUCUUGGUGAUUUAUCCCAGUCACUGUCUCAGUCACUGUGGGCUCGGUCAAGGUAAGUGAUCCAGUGCACAGGGGCCUGCCCUAAAUACUCGUUACAUGAUUUAUAGCUCUGACGUCUUGAGCUUUUUGGUUUUUAUUUUACUGUGUCAGGCUCUGAUACAAUUAAAUGCUGAACACAACACAGUCUUCUAAAAUCCUCAGGACAACCCUAUUGGCUAAAUUUUGAAACAACUCCUAUGUUAGGAUUGAGAAAGGUGAAACAGAGGCCUCUUCUAGGCGCCAGGACAAGAAUUUGGCUGAUUUAGGGGGCCGGGAGGAGGCGAGGGGGCCGACCUGCCUGCUUGCGCAACAUUCACCUUUGCAUUUGCGCCUGCCCAGGCGAAGCCAGCGCGGUGCGCGGGAGCUCAGUGCGCAUGCGCCCAGGCGCGUUCAAAGCGCCCGGAGUGCGUCCCUCCCUCCUGCUGCAAGCGUCGGGUCCUGGCUUCGCGCACGACGCCGGGCUGGAGAAUGCUGGGUCCCUCUUCCUCCUUCAACCCAAAGUCUCCGAGCGCCUCAGUCGCCGACGGCGUCGCGGCGGGCAUGAGUGUCUCCCCUGGACGCCGGGAGAGGCCCCCACAGCCUUGCGCGCCGCCAGGGCUAGAGGAGGCUCUGAGUGCGCUGGGGUUGGAGGGAGAACGAGAGUAUGCUGGGGACAUCUUCGCUGAGGUCAUGGUGUGCCGCGCGCUGCCCGGGAGGGCCCUGCCCCGCACCGUGACUCCGGAGAUGCGCGCCCUAGUGGUGGACUGGCUGGUCCAGGUGCACGAGUACCUGGGCCUGGCGGGGGACACGCUUUACCUGGCCGUGCACCUGCUCGAUUCCUACCUGCGCGCGGGCCGAGUGCGCCUACGCCGCCUGCAGCUGCUGGGCGUGGCCUGUCUGUUCCUGGCGUGCAAAAUGGAAGAGUGUGUGCUUCCCGAGCCCGCCUCCCUCUGCCUCCUGAGCGCCGGCUCCUUCUCGAGGGCGGAACUGCUCCGAGCCGAGCGCCGCAUCCUGAGCCGCCUGGACUUCCGGCUGCACCAUCCCGGCCCGUUGCUCUGCCUGGGCCUGCUGGCCGCGCUGGCCGGGAGUCGCCCCCAGGUGGUGCUACUGGCCACCUACUUCUUGGAGCUGUCGUUGCUGGAGGCUGAGGCUGCGGAAUGGGAGCCUGGUCGUCGAGCAGCUGCGGCUCUGAGCCUGGCACACCGUGUGCUCGACGGGGCGGACUCCAGGCCGGAGCCGGCGCUUUACAGCCCCGCGGAGCUGGACCCCCUGGAGCCGUGCAUGGUCCGUGCUGCCCUCCGGGGCCCCGCUCCAGGCCGCGCCGCAGUCUUCCUCAAGUACGCGCGGCCCCAGCGCCAGGGCACCAGUCUCGCUGCCGCCCUCCUGCUCCGCCACCCCCAGCCUGGGCCUCCGUGAGCGCUGAGGGCCACUCAGAAAACAAGUUCUCAUUGUGUGUCGUCUC